UGGCUGAUGUGCGCAGCAAAAUGGGGCGUUGUAGAGACUCUCGGUGACCAUUCGUGGAAUGAAAGGUUUUAAAGACGCAGGCUACCGUAAUGGAAGCAAAAGAAGACCUUAAAGAAAAGGAGGAUAUGCGCGCUUUUGCGGUAGGAGAAAUAGCGGAAAUGGGCACCAAGAGAAGCUUCUGCGACAAGCUUUCAACACUUUUGAGAUAAAACAGGAUUUGAUUUUGCCAUUUUGCCUUCCGAACAUUACGAGUGGGGUUGGAGAGGGGGGGGGCAGUUUCAUGCGUUGAUCUUGUUGGGAGUUUCCCAUUUUAACGAGAUAAUUUCUGUUGCGUCUCUUGCAAACGGGACGAGUAACAUUACCGGAGUUUUUAUCGGAUUGGAUUUUUGACGGGAGGAAAUGGCCAAGUUGUUCCGCGCUGCAAUAAUGGGUCCUCCAGGAUCAGGCAAAGGAACCAUAUCGGAGAGAAUUGCACAAAGGUUCGGUCUGCAGUAUUUAUCCAGUGGACACUUUUUACGCGAGAGCAUAGCAACUAAAACAGAGGCAGGAGUGGAAGUCAAGACAUAUGUGGAGAGAGGCAUGCUGGUACCUGAUCACGUGAUGACCAGGCUAAUGAUGCCCAGACUGGAACUCCUGAGUGGCCAAAGCUGGCUUUUAGACGGUUUUCCACGGACGCUUGCCCAGGCCCAGACCCUGAAUAACUUGUACCAGCUUGACAUGGUGAUCAGUCUCAACAUCCCUUAUGAGACUCUUAAAGACAGACUGAGCGACCGCUGGAUCCACCCAGGGAGUGGUCGAGUUUACAACAUGGGCUUCAAUCCACCCCGAGUGCAGGGCAAAGAUGACAUCACCGGGGAGCCCUUGAUUCAGCACGAUGAUGACAAACCAGAAGCUUUAACGGCCAGACUGAGACACUACAAAGAUGUGGCUAAACCUGUCAUCGACUUAUACAAGUCCCAAGGCAUCCUGCACUCAUUUUCUGGUACAGAAACCGAUCGGAUCUGGCCUUACAUCAACUCUCUUCUCGGCACCAAGAUGCACAUCCAGCCAUUGGAUGAGCGUCAAAGCCAGGCGCCCUGACUUUGCUCCAACUCAUCAAAGGUCAAGAAGGUAGAACAUUUGGAGUGAGUUUCUCCCACAAUAGACUGUCUUUCAGGUUCCUCACUAACAGUGGAGUUGAGAAAUGGCAGGAUCCAAUCUAGUUUCAUGCAAAUGUCAUUGGAGGCUUUUUUUCUUUUUUAAAUACUAUAAGGUGUGCUUGCUGGUGUGUGCAGUAAUAUAAUGACUUUGUAUUGAGUGAAUAGCAAAUGGGAUCAAUAGGCCUUAUUUUAUACAAACUCGUUUUUACUUGCGAUGUACAAUCUAAUUUUGCAGAAUUUCGAUUGGAGCUGCGCGUAAGAUAGGACAGAACACGAGGUAUGAAGACAGAAAGCAUAAGGAAGAAAUAGGUCAUAUUAUUAAAAAAAAAAUGUAAAUGGUCAAGAAUGUCUGCUAGGAUUGCCCUUCGAGUAAUGUCGUGAAGAAAUAUGGAGUUAUUAUGCAACUUUGUUACUGAAAAGUAUGGGUGGGUUUUCCGAGUGCGACCUUUGUACAAACUAUACUCUCUCUCGAAUUACAAAGUAACAUUGAUGAGGUCAUUUGUAAAGUUUCUGUAGUACGCUAGGCAGCUGUUUUGUCAACCAAUCACUGACUUCCUAGUUACUCUUCCACUUUGGAAUAUGAAUGCGAUGUAUUUACGUGCUUCCAUUUCUGUUUGUGCUGCAAAUCAGGUCUCAAUGUCACUCGACAGUGCCCCUCGUGGUUUGGUUGAUGACCUUUGAUUCUUGUCACGCUGCUUUUCACAUUCAAAUAAUCAUCAUAAUCUCUCAAUGUUUCAAUUUGUGACAAGUUACAGCAGAAUUGAUGACAUUGUACAUUAGCCUUGAGCAUGGAUCAGGCAAUAAAGUCUACUUCUCUGCCUGUUUCCAUAUAUAAAGAUGCAUUUUAUUUGGGGAUAUGGAUUUGGAUAUGUCUGGUUGUAUUGCGGAUGCAAAUUCCUUGUCAUUUUCAUAGCGAUGAAUGAUUUGAUAGACCUUUUAUGCAACCAAAUUGCUCUUCUACCGGAAUGACGUUUGGCAACAAACAGCACGUGCACCUCCCAUUUGCACAUUUGGUUCGGCAUCUCAAAUCAGUCUGCAGUUCAAUUUACUGUGUACUGUUAAUCACACUGACGUCGAUUUGAGAUUGAGGGAGUGGAAUGGGUGUGGUGAAAACAUUUGCAGGUGGUAAUGACUGCUUUGGUGUAAGACAUUUCUUUUCAUGCAUCCAAAUUCUGCUCAAUCUUGUUCCAUUCAAAAGGCAAUAAAAAGCAUUCUUUGUUUUGA